AUGCUAUCUAAAUCAGAGAAACACAUCGACCUUUUGGCUGGGAACAUGAGCAAUCUGAGUUUCGAUGGACCUGGAACUCCUAGAAGCGCUGGACUAUUUAACGUCAACCAAAACAAUACAAACAGGAGGACGAGGCCUGCCGGUUUUAAUGAUUCUCCCUCUCCGAUAAAAUCUUCCCUCUUUCCGCACGAAGACAGUUCCAACAUGGACAUUGAUGAAGUGUCUCAAAGCGAUAUGGAUAUCACUAACUCUCCAAAGAAACUUCCUCCGAAGUUUUACGAAAGAGCGACUUCAAAUAAAACUCAGAGAGUUGUCAGUGUUUGUAAAAUGUACUUUCUGGAAUAUUAUUGUGACAUGUUUGACUACGUAAUCAGUAGAAGACAACGUACAAAACAAGUCUUAGAAUAUUUACAGCAGCAAAGCCAACUACCAACUGCUGACCAAGCAAAACUCAAUGAGGAAUGGUCUUCAUACUUACAAAAGGAACACCAAGUCCUGAGAAAAAGAAGAUUGAAACCUAAAAACAGGGAUUUUGAAGUGAUCACGCAGGUUGGUCAAGGUGGUUAUGGGCAAGUUUAUUUGGCUAGAAAGAAAGACACAAAAGAAGUGUGUGCGUUGAAGAUUUUAAACAAGAAAUUACUGUUUAAGUUGAACGAGACCAAACACGUUUUAACGGAAAGAGACAUUUUGACCACUACGAGAUCGGAGUGGCUGGUGAAGCUGCUGUACGCAUUCCAAGAUCUACAAAGUCUAUAUCUAGCUAUGGAGUUUGUACCAGGUGGCGAUUUCCGUACAUUAUUAAUAAACACCAGGUGCUUGAAAAGUGGGCAUGCCAGAUUCUAUAUCAGCGAAAUGUUUUGUGCGGUUAACGCAUUGCAUGAUUUAGGUUAUACACAUAGGGAUUUGAAGCCAGAAAAUUUUCUGAUUGACGCCAAGGGGCACAUAAAACUAACGGAUUUUGGUUUAGCUGCUGGGACGAUUUCUAAUGAAAGAAUUGAAAGUAUGAAAAUAAGAUUAGAAAAAAUCAAAGACUUGGAAUUUCCAGCAUUCACAGAGAAAUCUAUAGAAGACAGAAGGAAAAUGUACAAUCAACUGAGAGAGAAAGAAGUAAAUUAUGCAAAUUCGAUGGUUGGAUCUCCAGAUUACAUGGCUCUAGAAGUCUUAGAAGGAAAGAAGUACGACUUUACCGUGGAUUAUUGGUCAUUAGGUUGCAUGCUCUUUGAAAGUUUAGUUGGAUAUACACCAUUCAGCGGAUCAUCCACUAACGAGACGUAUGAUAACUUAAGACGCUGGAAACAGACUUUAAGAAGGCCCCGACAAUCAGAUGGAAGAGCUGCAUUUUCCGAUAGAACCUGGGACUUGAUAACAAGGUUAAUUGCUGAUCCAAUAAAUCGACUAAGAUCCUUUGAACAUGUCAAACGUAUGCCAUAUUUUGCAGACAUAGAUUUCAGUACUUUGAGGUCAAUGAUUCCGCCUUUCACUCCUCAACUAGAUAGCGAGACUGAUGCAGGUUAUUUUGAUGAUUUUACUAGUGAAGCUGAUAUGGCUAAAUAUGCUGAUGUAUUCAAAAGACAGGACAAACUAACGGCCAUGGUAGAUGACUCUGCAGUAUCAUCGAAACUAGUUGGAUUUACCUUUAGGCACAGAAAUGGGAAACAAGGUUCUAGUGGCAUCUUAUUUAACGGGUCUGAACACUCAGACCCAUUCGCAACUUUUUAUUGA